AUGAAGAAGAGACCACUUUUUCUGGGCAGGAGAGUUGAAACAUUUAUAGUUAUAAUGGACAAAUUAGAUAUAUGCCAGCUAAAAAGACUUGAACAAUAUAACGAUCUAGAUAGAAAGUUUGGGUUUCUUACUUAUUUUAAAUCUAUGACUGAGAAAGAAAUCGUGGAUAUGGCAAAAUAUCUUGGUAAAAUAUAUCCGGACGACCUUGAUUGUGACAUUUUUCCCGAAGAAAUUAUACAUUUUACCAAAUUAGUUGAUAAGCAAGAUGAAGAAGGACAAAUUAAAAUGCCAUCAGCACUAAAAUGUCUUCAAAUUAUACACGAUAAUAAACUCAAUUCAGUGUUUCCUAAUGUGGAAGUAGCAUAUAGAUUGUAUUUAUGUCUUCCAGUUGCCAACUGCAGUGCAGAAAGAGCAUUUUCAAAAUUGAAAGAGUGA